AUGUGUGUGUUUGCUGUUUUUCUUCUAUUUCUUUUUUCAGCGCAUCGUGAAAUGAGAACCAUUACAAAUUAUUUUCUAUUGAAUCUAAGUGUUGCCGACUUGAUGAUGUCCUCGUUGAAUUGCAUGUUCAAUUUUAUCUACAUGCUGAAUUCCGAUUGGCCCUUCGGUCGAUUCUAUUGUUCGUUGAACAACUUUCUGGGGAAUGUUACAGUAGCAACUUCAGUUUUCACCUUGGUUGCGAUUUCAUUUGACAGAUAUGUUGCGAUUGUGCGGCCACUACAUCGUAGAAAUUCAAGAAAGAAAGCGCGAAUGUUUGUUAUUAUUAUAUGGGUCCUUAGCAGUAUGCUGUCAUUGCCAUGCUUAUUCUAUUCAACAACCGAGGCCAAAGUAUAUCAAAGUGGCAAGCAGAGAGUUGUGUGCUUCAUAUCAUGGCCCGACGGAAGGUAUCCGACAUCACUGACAGACUAUGUAUACAAUUGUGUUUUUCUUGUGCUGACAUAUGGAGUACCAAUGUUGAUAAUGAUUGUGAGUUACACAAUAAUGGGACGUGUUUUGUGGGGCAGUCAGUCGAUCGGGGAGCAUACUCAGCGCCAAAUCGAAUCAAUAAAAUCGAAAAAGAAGGUCGUACGAAUGUUUAUUGCUGUUGUCACCAUCUUUGGCAUCUGCUGGCUACCAUAUCACUUAUUCUACGUGUACUCCUAUCAUCGGCCGCACAUUACAUCAUCUAAUUAUGUUCCGCAUCUGUUUCUGGCGUUUUACUGGUUGGCUAUGGCGAACUCAAUGGUUAAUCCGAUUAUUUACUAUUGGAUGAAUCGACGGUUUCGGCAUUAUUUUCAAAAAAUCAUGUGCUUUUGUUGCUUCCAUUUGUGGCAACAGAAUGAAUUGCUCAAAAGUGAAACAGUUUACAUGCCAAACUCAAUGUCCAUUGAACGUCGUUCCAAAUCAUUUCGCCAGCGCUAUAAUAAUUCAAUUCGGCUGAGCGAAAUCAAUAAUCAUUCGACGAAAACUUUGCAACAAGUGCUGUAUGUGAGAGACAAUAAACUCAAGACUGAAAGUAUGUUUGUGGAAUGCUUCGACAGUCCAGUGGGUGCCAGUAGCUUGAAUUUCGCCUAAGGAAAUCGCAAGCUGAUUUUUGGGAAUAACACACAACAACAAGAGCACAUACACAUACAACGAACUCCAUGCUAUAGCAAUCAAACUACAGCGGGUAAAAUUCCAUCAUCCAUUUUCUAUAUAUUUCACAAUAUGAUGAAGAAGACAAGAGAAACAAAUCAACUGAAUUAGAUUGGAUACCAAUUAUUUUCACAAGAGAAGAUGAAAAGACGAAUAAUAAUGUUAUCUAGAUAAAUAAAUUUUUGAAACAACGAGAGGUUGGCCUAAAUUUAGCAUAGUUACUUCGUCGAAUGGAAUAUACGGCGAGGUAAAAAAAAAAUUCCUUCGGAAAUGGAUAAAAUUUAUACAAAAAAUGACCAGAUGAUUCGUAUGCCGCUCACUGCUCACAUUCAUCCUGAGUUGUCGUCUGCUUCAUUUCCUCCGACAAAUGAAAAAUACGUAACAACAAAAAUCAUAAGAUAUGAAUGAAAGUUGCGCACAUUAACGACUCAGUCAAGUCUCAACACUCUAAGGUGACAAAGAAUCCAAUAAUAUGUUGACGCGUAUAUUCCAGUCGAUGAAGGAACAGCGCUUUAUUAGAAUGAGAAAAGAGUACAACUUUGAAUGAUUGAUUGUGUCAAAUGGAAGACAGUAUGUAAGAGUACGAGGUUCGCAUCGUGUCGCAUUGAGUCUAGAAAGAGUUUUAUGAUGGAUAAAAAAAUGAGGUAAUUUAGACAGGAUUUUUUUUAUUAUAAGUCACUUGUUUUGCGAUUCAGAUGUUUUUUGUUUUGUUCGCUAAGUGGAAUGAUGUCGAUUUAAAUGAUAACAAAUUAUAAAUGGGUUUUAGAUUGUCAUUAUCAUGUUGAUUGAACCGUUUGGAUGGCGUGAAAUGUGACCAAGCCAAAGAAUAUAUACUAUUAUUGAUAAACUUUACAUUUCAGUAAGUUGUAUUCGAUUAUGAGUUGAGCCACUAAAGCGCCACUUUCAAUGUUCAUGGGCCAAAGUCAAUUGAGCGGUAUUAUACGUAAAUAAUCAAUCAUGUUCAUAGUGACUACACAGGCCGUACAUCUGCACACACACACACACACACACAAGCACAGACAUGAAAGCAAAUAUUGAAUUAUAAUAUUCGAAGAAUUGACGGGGCUUUCUAGUAAUCAUUAUGUUUGACUCGUUGACUUCGAAAAUUAGACGUUAUACUUAAGUACUGUGAAAAUAUCGGUUUCAGUCGGGUGCGUUUAGCAAAUCAUGCCCCGUUUAUUAAAUAUAAGACAAAUUGUUGGACUGGACAAUUGUUGGAAUGCUAUCGUGACUUCAGCUGGAUAUAAUGAGAAUUUGAAAAUAAAUCUCUUCGUCGCUAUAGUCUUCAGAUGGACUGUGGUAAAUGAGUAAAUUCGAUUCAUUACCUUUUUGAUUUCUUUGAAAUUGAAUCGAUUAGACCACGGCAAACGAUUGUUGAACUUAUUUCGUCGUAUGUGUAAAGCCAAUAAUCGAUAUCAAUUGGAGCAGAUACACGUUUGUGGCUGCAUCCGAUAUCGCAUAAAGAACAAUUCACCGAUAAGUGCAAAUUCCAAACGGAUUGAACUAGUGCAUUCACUUGGAUUACGUGCAAAUUGUGCAUUUCACCCUUGACACGAUACACGUGUCACACUAUCGAUUGGUAAUUACAUUAUUUGAUUCCAUAUAAAUUCACUUUGUUUAAAUUGAUAAGGAAAGAGUGUAACUAUGUUAUUCUAUCCAUAGACUCGAAACUGAUUGAUAUAAUUUGAUUUCCUCCAUAAGAAAUUCUGCUUUAUAUUUGAUUGAUAAUUGUUUGUGUGUGCGUGCGUGUGUAUGUGUAUUGCGACCCAAAUAACAAGCAACCAACAACAUGCUAUAAAUCAAUUAAUAAAUAUAUACAACAAUACUCAUUCGACCGCCUUGGGUUUCAGGCGCACCAUUGACUUAAACUCAUUCCAAAUCGAACACCUUAGAUAGUGUUUUUAUAUUACCAAAGUAAAUGUUCCGCGCUCCGAUGCUAUACCAUUUGCUCGAGCCAUUUAAGGAAUCACACAGCGGAUUUACGCAGUGAUUAAUCAAUCAAUAUUUCAAUUAACGUUCGUUCAUCAUUCAAAAAUAUAUUAAUAAAGAAACAAAAUGAAUGCUUACGUGAAUAGUGAUAGUUCAAACUUCAAUAAAACUCAACAAGUGAUAUUUUGACAAAGAAAAAUGAUCCAAAUGCUGACAUUACAAUGAAAAAUAAAUCAAAACCAUAAUAGGACGAAGAAAAACCCAGGGAAAUAUAAAAACUCCAUGGAGAAAAAAAAAUGAAAUGUACAGACAUAAAAUUAUAUUGCUCAUCAAUGGCUUGAUAAAGACAGAUUUAUAAGAUGAAAACUUACCUCCUCCAUACUUUAUUCCCACAAGAAGAAUAGAAAGAAACAAAAGAAUAAAAUGGAUAAUAAAAAUAGUCCAUAGAAAAUGCUGUAUAUACAUAUUAAGAUAUAUUGAGAAGCUAACCAAAAUAGAUGUUGUAUUAAAAUAAAAUAAGAUACAGCAUCAGUGUUCACAUUCAGACAAAAUGAUAUUUUGUUGCGAGAAAGGUCAAAAAUGGUUACAGACAAGGGCAAGGCAAAACGCAUUCACAUAAAUAAAUUCUGAUAAUGUUGCCGUACAUUUCCCUACACUGUCAACAAUAGAUUUGGUAUGAAGUAACGACAUCGCAAUAAUAAAAAAACUAUCUCCGGAAGUAAGAAUCUGGAAGAUUAUUUGGUUUUCUCUUUUCUUUUCUUUUUCUUUCCAACCCCAAUGCUCUACUAUUCGUUCGUACGACAAACAAUUCGUUCAAAUUUUGAACGAUAUUCGGUUAUAACACGGAUAUUAUUCAAUUAGAUUUUGAGUUAACUAGUUUCAAUAGGAUGUGUAGCAAUAUUUCCCAUCUAUAUACAGAAUGAAAUGAAAUGGAAGGGGAGAUAGAGAAAAUUGAAAAGAAGAAUUGUCGCAAAUUCCUUUUUAAAAUUGGGUGAUUGGUUUGUCAAUUUCUCGAGAAGAACAUUGUCAAUUUCUAUAAAUGAAUGCAUUGUCCGAUGACCUAGUCGAUUGGAAUGCAGCGGGGGAAAAAUGUUGUCCAUCGAAACAUCGAGCCUUCAACAGCACAAACAACGAUAUUUGCUCAAGAGCAAACGGAAGAUUUGAAUCCAACUUUUUCAAAGGGAAUAUUUCGAGUUACAUCCUCCCUUAGGAGACCCAAUCAAACUUACCUCGUACGACACACCGUUAGAAGCCAAUUUUAUCCAAGAAAAUUCAUUCGGCACAGUUAAAAUAUCUUGAGAUAGAGGCACAAGGUAGCCUCAUUGGAUUACAAAGUAAUUAUUUAUUAUCAGACCCGAUCCAAUCGCCCAACCAGCUUGAAACACGAUUACAUUACAUCAACACAGGCCGCUCUCCGUAUUCAAUUCUGUACGUGAUUUUGGAAAUGUGUUAGAAAUCAUUGGAGUUUUGUGUUUUGCUUUCUUCAUCUUUGGAAGACCAAUUCUCUCUGCUCUUCAACACCAUCAGAUGGAUCGAUUGCUAGUUAUUUGAAAUUGGUUCAAUUUCAGAUUUAAUAACGAUACAUAACAACAACUCAUCAAUUUAAAUUUCGUGUGAUAGACAUCAGGCCAAAUGAAAUGGUUUAAAAGAUGUAAAUGUGAUGUUGUCCAACCUCCGAUAACUCAAUCAAAUGCAUUGAAAUGAAAUGAAGCCAUGCUUUUGUAAUUGUUCUAUUCAGAGUGCACGUCGAUUUGCAUGAAAAUGUACUCAGUUCAUGAUUGAGUCUUCAUGGUAAUUGAUGGAGUCAAUUCCAUUUUCCUCAUAAAACCGAUAUUUUCCUUAUUCUGUACAUUGGAAUCUCUCAAUUAUGCAUCCACACAUUUGCAAUUCCUCUUUUCUCGCCAACAUUUGAAAGAAUAAAACCAAACUCUGAAUUGUGAAUAUACACACGCGUAUAAGCAGGAAAAGAAAUUAAAAUUAAACACAUAAAAACCAGUUUCCUCUAAGUUUCUCUAAGUGUAAAUAGUUCAUAUAUUUUUAAGUCUCUCAGUGACGAUGAGAGUGGAACAUUUUAGUUUUUCAAUGUGAAAUUUAAAUGAACAUUCUCAUUAAAUGGAAAUACGCGAGAAAAAAAAUUUAUACGAAGUGAAUCAACAACAAUAUGUUCAUUUGAUCUCGCUUGAGAGGGCAUAUGUCAUUUAAAAUGGGACACUCUUCAUUUUUCAUCCAUCAUUUACAUAGUUCAUUUGAAUACGAUGUACAUUUUGAAAAUAAUUUGCGCAUGUACGUUUCACUUGGACUUGUGUUAAUAAUAUACAAAUGUAUUUGUAUAUAUGCGCUUCUAACAUCUUCACUAAACUAAAAAUUGUACAGUGGUGUUGUUAUACUCAUCACAUCAAUGAAAAUGUUUUAAAUUGAUGUUAAAUCCUGUCCGGAACUUUUGGCAUUAAUUUAAAUUUGUAAGACCUUUUGAUUAUAGCCAGCAAUUUUCAUGCUGUUCAAAUUUUUCAUGAUGAAAUUUAGUUUUGAUAGAGAUUCCAUUCGUAGAAUAAUUUUUAUCCAAUUAUUUUCAUGACACAUCGUUUAGUUGUUUGUUACGUUCACCACCCAAAUUCCAACAUCAAAGAGAAAACUCCGCACAAAUCACCGCUCAUUAUAAAAACGAAAUCAAGAGGGAUUCAAUUGAAUUUAAUUAAAAGCCAACAGUUCCGAAACAUUUAACAGCAUCAUUGGAUCAAAGUGGAAAUCAACAAAUAAAACAAAGUGUGAAAUGUCAUGAAUUUAUUAUAUGUAAGAGAAUAAGAAUAAAAUUAUCGCUAAAGUUAAUAAUUAUUAACUAUAAAUUGUAUUAUAAUACAAUGGUUUUCGGGCUAUUUUCUCCAAUCUAUUUUCAUUUCAUCGAAUCAAUUGUCUAUUGCAUAGAACCAUUUGAGAAAUUCAUUUUCAAAAUGGCCAUUUCAAAUGGAAACUAAAAUUUUUUUCAAAUAAAUCAUUUGCCACGAAAGGAAAACCAAUCACUUGUACAAUUUUACCAAUUUUAACUUAUUAGUAAAUAACUUUGUAUUUCAUGUGUAAUAAUUGUGAAUAAAUGGUUUUUAAGCUCUCUAUUCUUGAUGGGCUCACCAACUGAAUUCAAAUCA